AAUCAGAUGAUUAUGUAAACAAAUUAAUCCAUCAAGAUGAAGGAUUUAGAGUAUUAAGGAAUCUAAGAGGAUCACCCCCUUACUUUGAAAAAUGCAAGAAAGACUUAUUUGCUAUGAUACGUCAGCUAGGUAAUCCUACAUGGUUUUGCUCAUUCUCAGCAGCAGAAACAAGAUGGUCACAUCUAUUGAAAACAUUGGGCAGACUAGUAGAAAAGAAAGACUACACUGACUAUGAAAUUGAGAAUAUGGCAUGGCAACAGAAGUCAGAUCUUAUACAAAAGGACCCUGUAACCUGUGCUAGAAACUUUGAACACAUGGUUCAGUUGUUUAUAAGGGAUGUAUUGAAAAGUGAUGCAAUGCCUAUUGGGGAAAUAGUAGACCUUUUUUACAGAGUGGAAUUUCAACAAAGAGGUUCACCUCAUAUACAUGCAUUAUUUUGGGUGAGAGAUGCACCUCAGUAUGAACAAAAUACUAAUGAAGAGAUUAUACAUUUUGUAGAUAAGUACAUAACCUGCAAAAAUGAUCACUCAGAUGAAAUAAGAGAACUGGUGAAUCUACAAACACACAGACAUGCGAAGACCUGUAAAAAAGGUGGUCACAAAAUUUGUAGAUUUAAUUUCCCUCUUCCUCCAAUGCCAAGGUCUAUGAUCCUAGAACCUUUUAAAGAAACCCAUUUUAAAGAGGAUGAGCUAAAAGAAAUGAAAAAACAGUAUGAUCAAAUUAAAAAUCUUCUUGAUGAGAUGAAAUAUGGUCAAGAUAUAGCAUUUGAGACAUUUCUUGAAAAAUUAAAACUUACAGAACAUCAGUAUUUAAAGGCCAUUAGAUACUCCUUGAAACGCCCAACAUUGUUCCUUAAGAGAUCUCCCUUCGAAAUCAGAAUAAACAAUUACAACCCUAACCUUUUAAAAGGCUGGAGAGCUAACAUGGAUCUACAAUUUGUUUUGGAUCCCUAUGCCUGUGCUGUUUAUAUACUCUCUUACAUAACGAAGGGUCAAAGAGGAAUGAGCAAACUUCUAGAGACAGCAUCACAGGAAGCAAAGUCUGACAAUAAAGAUAUUGUUAACAAAGUCAGACAUAUUGGUAAUAAAUUUCUUAAUGCAGUUGAAAUAAGUGCUCAGGAAGCAGUUUACUUAGUAUUACAGAUGCCUAUGAGGAGAGCAUCAAGAGAAUUUCAAUUUAUCAACACAUCUAAUCCAGAGGAAAGAACAUUUUUGUUGAAAACACUUGAAAAAAUCAAAGAAUUACCAGACAAGUCAACCGAUAUAGAGUCAGAUAAUGUACUUAAAAGAUAUCAAAGAAGACCCCGUAAAUUAGAACUGCUGUGUCUAGCUCAUUUUGUUGCCUGGUUCAACUGUGUAAAUGACAAUACUGAAUCGAAUGUACAAGAAAAGUCUGAUAGUAACUUUUUGCCAGAAACUGAUUUUUGCGAUAAUGUUGAUGAUGACCCAUCUGAUGAAAGUGAUGAAACUGAUGAAACUGAUAAUACUACAGAAUACCAAUUAAAAGGAGGAAUGAAGCUUGUCAAGAGAAAAAAAGCAAAGAUAAUAAGAUCUGUAAGGUUUAACAAAGAAAAUGAUCCUGAGAAUUACUGUAGAGAACAACUUAUGCUUUAUAUCCCAUGGAGAAAUGAGCAAAAAGAUCUCAUAAAAGACUGUGAGACGUACCAAGAAAGAUACCAACAGGUAGAAGAAAUCAUCAAAAGCAACAGACAGCAGUAUGAAUACCACUCUGAUAUUCUUGACAAGGCCAUCAAAGACCUAAAUGACAACGAUAACUAUUCUGCACCAGUGGCUCCCAAUACACAACACAUGAAUGAACAAGAUAUUGCAGCUAAAUCAAAACCUACUGAGUUAUUUGAAUGUUUUGAUCCAGGUACCAACAAACAACACAGUCAGUAUGAUCUAUUUCAGGAUAUGAAUAUUUUACCAAGGAAUAAUGAUGAUGAAGAACUUAUACAAAAUCGCCUACAUGAUAGUGAUUAUCGACAGCUUGUUCGCUCACUAAACAAAAGACAGAAAGAAUUCUUUUACCAUGUUUUACACUCUAUUAAAACUAAUGAUGACCCACUCAGAUUAUUCUUAAGUGGAGGUGCUGGAGUUGGUAAAAGUACUGUCACUAGUGCUCUCUAUGAAGCACUCACAAGAUAUUUAAAUAGUGUCCCAGGUGAAAAUCCAGAUGAAGCAAAAGUACUGAAAGUUGCUCCCACGGGCAAAGCAGCAUUUAACAUCAAGGGAAACACACUUCACUCUGCUUUUAAAAUACCUGCCAACAGGGGAUUUCAAUACUGCACACUUGAUACAGAUAGACUUAAUACAAUACGAGCACAGUUAAGAAAACUGAAAGUUAUAUUUAUUGAUGAGAUUUCAAUGGUAGGCAAUGGAAUGUUCAACUUUCUUAACUUACGACUGCAGCAAAUAAUGGGAAACAAGUCACCAUUUGGAAAUCUGAGCUUGAUAACAGUUGGAGACUUAUUCCAAUUAAAACCAGUAUUUGAUAAAUGGAUCUUUGAAAAUACCAAUGAUUCUUACAGUGCUUUAGCAACCAACAUUUGGAAGGAGUAUUUUACCUUGUUUGAACUCAGGGAAAUCAUGAGGCAAAAAGAUGACAAGGACUUUGCAGAACUAUUAAACAGACUUAGAGAAGGAAAACAUAACCAAAAUGAUAUUAAGGUCCUUAAAGAAAGAAUUGUAAAAAUUAAACCUGGUGAGAAAAAUUAUCCCAUCAAUAAAACACAUCUAUACUCAACAAAUGCACAAGUAAAUGAUCACAACAAUGCAAUGUAUCAAACUGCACAUACUCAAAAAGCUCAAAUUAAAUGUAUUGACAUAGUUGUUGGAGAUAUGUCUGAUGACCUAAAAAACAAAGUCAAAGAAAAAAUUCCAGAUGAUCACACUAAAACUAUGGGCUUAUUUAAUGUUGUUUCAGUUGCUGUGGGAGCAAAAUAUGACUUGACAACAAAUGUCAAUGUAACUGAUGGUAUGACAAAUGGUGCCGAGUGUGUCAUAGAGAAGAUAGACUACAGAGUUAAAGACUCCACUAGGCCAAGUAUCAUCUGGGUAUCUUUCCCAGAAGCUAGCAUAGGUCAAAACCAUCGCAAUGAAUUUGCACAUUUAUUUAACAAAAAUGUGGAUAGAACCUGGACACCAAUUUUAGAGAUAACUAGACAAUUCAAGAUUUCAAAGCGACAUCAAUGCCAGAUACUUCGUAGACAAUAUCCUUUACGGCCAGCAGCAGCUAAGACUAUCCAUCGUUGCCAAGGUGACACACUUAAUGAAGCAGUACUUGAUUUACCAUCAUCAACCAGAGAGCACAUGCAUUAUGUUGCUUUAAGUAGAGUAAAAAAUUGUUCAACACUACAUAUAAUCAACCUAAAUGAA